UUUUUUUAAUCACGUGGUCAACCGGAUAAGGGAAUCAACGUGGUGUGGCUAAACGUGGUUGAGUUUAUUUUAUGUUUUUGUUUUUUUUUAUUCAGAAGCCUCGCCAAAUUCAGUAAUAGCUCAUCAACAUGACUGAAAUUCAAGAAAAAGCGAGUCGUAAAGCGACAAAAGCGCUACUCUCAUUGAAUCCCGAGAAAGAGUGCGAGUUCCAAAAGAAGGUACAGGAGGUGAAGAAGUCCAACAAGGGGAACCGUUUGACACCUGGGGUGAUUUAUGUUGGCCAUUUGCCUCUUGGGCUCCUUGAGGAACAGCUCAAACCUUACUUCGAACAGUUUGGCACAGUCUCACGACUACGUCUAUCCAGGAGUAAAAAGACAGGAGGAAGCAAAGGCUAUGCAUUUGUGGAGUUUGAGUGUGAUGAAGUAGCCAAGAUUGUAGCAGAGACCAUGAACAAUUACCUGAUGGGAGAAAGGCUCAUUAAAUGUCAUGUAAUUCCACCAGGAAAGUUGCACGAGAAGCUGUUUGUUGGCUCAGAAAGGACAUUUAAAAGUCCUUCCAAGCCAGCUGUAGUCCGGUAUAACAAGGAACGUUCCAAUAACGAAGUCGCUAAGAUGACCGACAAGCUUCUGCGCAAGGAGAGGAAUAUUCGCAAGAGGCUUGCAGCACACGGCAUUGACUAUGACUUCCCGGGAUUUGCUAACCAUAUAACUCAGAAGAAGUCUGAGUCCUUGAAUGAAACUACAUGCAGUGAUGACAUCACACCAAUGUGCACCCCUUCAUUCCUGGAAAGGAGGAAGUCCAUGGUCAGUGAUGAUGAUGAGAUUGUCAUCAAGAUGCCGUCUGUGGAGAAAGUCGAUAAGUGCUCCUCCUCAUCGGAGGAGGAGGACGAUUCUGAGAGUGAGGAACCCUGCAAAACUGAUCAGAAUGCAUAGCCAGGCUUGUUUUUUUUUUUGUGGACUUUUUUUCUUUUGUUUUCGGUGCAAAGAUCUUUACUUUAGCUGGUGAAGAGUUGUAAGUUUAGUUAUAAAACAAAGACCAUCAUAACUGUCCUCAAGUAUGUUUGCAAAAAAGUGAGUUUGUCUGCGUAAUGUUGCAAUGAUGGUACAUUUCAGAGAGUAAUUUUUUGAUUGAAUGUCAUCAGUGAAUACUUGAUACAUUUGAACAAUAUAAAACAUUUUCAUUUUUUUCAAUUUA